AUGAACUUCGAGAAAGGGUCCAGCUGUUGGGGGACCGUCAGCAACGAGGGCCUGCAACAGCCUUUCACCAUUCCCCGGGCCCAAAGAUGCUUGGCAUGUACUGUCGAAUUUGAUAUCCGCGGCUCCUCAUCAGUGAUAAUCACAUGGAUUAUCAAGAGCUUGUUCGCGAAUGAUCAACCCGUGCAGAAGACAGGAUGGAGCAAGGUCGGCCCUGCAUCUCUCGGCCGACACCCUAGAGGAAUCGACAUCUCAUUUGGUCUCAUAUCCUCGGCCGAGAGCUCCGCCAAUCAGCAUUUGACAUGCGUCGUGAACAGGAGCAGCCGCAGGCGCUAUACGGAGCUCAGAUUCUCGGCCGAGAAAAACAACAAUCAUGGGAUUUUCGGCCCCGUGUAUGACUUCCCAAUCCUUCUCAAGAUCACGGAAUUCACAUACACCAAUAAGAGCUGA